UGGGUAGCAUUUUUUUUGUCUUUCAUAAUUUAGGGUUCCCCUUCAAAGACUCAAGACCAGAAAAAGUAUAUCCUAUCGCCAAUGAUGGAUUCCACUAUUAAGCCUUUGGUCUUACGGUUGGAAUCAUGGAGAUACUUGGCUGGAGUGGACGUUUGUGGUCGAGUUUCUCUCCAAGUCUUAAUAACCCGUUUCAAAUACAGCAUAAUUGUUUGCACCAUCCUCGCCUCGACACCUCUGGUUGUUGCUAACUUCGUUGUUCUGGGCACAUUGAUCAAAAGAUUGGGUCCUGUAUAUAGCAGGCUGACUCCCCGGAUGUAUGUUGGAGGAGGCAUUGCAUCGGCAGCUACAACUCUACCAGCCACCAAUAAGGGUGGAGAUAUAAUGCUCGGUGGCAUUGUGUUCCAACUGGGUAGACGUAGCUUCUAUGAAGCCUAUUUACUCUCGCGGCAUCAUGAGUGGAAAAAUGUUGCUCAUGUUAGGGGCUUUGACCCCCAGCACCAUCUAUCUCUAUAUUCGGGCUGUGUAUCGUACUAUCGAGCUAAGUGAUGGGAACGGCGUAAUCAUCUCCAUGCAAGUGUAUUCAAUGUCUUCGACGGUGCCAUGGUGGUCCUAGCGAUCUACAUCAUGAACUUUGCGCAUCCGGGCCUUUUACUUGGAUCAGAACAAGUAAUACACUCUUCGGAGGAUUCAGCUGGUGCUCUAGAGCUUGGGACUGAGGAGACAGUUAUGGCUGAGCGUAAAUAGUUGGCUGACUCGUCUUACAUUAGGGAAGACUCAAGGAAAGUAGAUACUA